CUGCGGAGACUCUCACGUCUUUUCCAUCAACAGAAGGACACUUCUGUCCCGCCCUUGAUCAAACUGACCUUUGAGCAAGAUAAGAGGUUCUCCGAAGAAAAACAGUUGGCCGAUGAGCUCAAGUUUGCUGAAAAUCCUUCGCUAAAGGUUAUGGAACCCUUUUCGUGCAUAGUAAAAGCGCAUAGAAAAACGCAGCAUCCCAUACUUGGAUACGCCUUAAGAAAUCUCAUAGCUGACUUUAAGUUGACCGCUGAUAACUUCAAUGUGUUUUUAUGCAGAAGGUUUAGUAAAAAUUGGGCCGCUGCACUUCUUACCAUCCAGGCUUGGAGUGCUGACGUCCUCGAAAUCAUAAGUUUUACUAUCUGGGACGGGACCAUAGGCAUUCAACCUUUUCGUCAAUAUUAUAGUCCAGGACCAGAUGGCGUCCCAAUCAGCCUUCUCAAAGCUGAAGCGAAUUAUAUUCACCCGUCUCUUCUGUGUAAGGUAUUUGAUCUUGCUUUUGAAAGCGAGACUCUUCCUGGUUUGUGGAAGGAAUCGACUAUAUUGCCCUUACCCAAGUACAGUCGAUCGACGUCAUUUGACGACAUUAGACCAAUAAAUACACUGCCCGCAGCCUCGAAGACCUUGGAGAUCUUGAUCAAAGACACAAUGAUGCGUCAUCUAACAGAGAACAACCUAGUAAAUGUGGCUCAGUAUGCCAUCCUCGAAAAAAGAUCCCACAGCACCUGCCAGCUCUCAUUCUUUGAUCAUGUGCUACAAUGUAGAGCCAGUGGUUUUGCUCCUUCUAGAGUUCAUUUCGAUUUCACUAAGGCCUUUCAUCGUAUUGAACAUGAUCUCCUCCUCAACAACUUGCCACUUUCGGGAUAG